AUGUGCAUUGGGAUGGGUACGGCAGCUUCAUGGUUACGCUAUUCCUCGUAUUGCUCCACCACGCUGAGCGGCCUGCAUCUCUCCUUCGCCACUCUCGCCGGGCUGCUCUGCCUCUGCCUCGCGCGCUUCCUCCCUCCCUCCUUCCCCUCCCCUUCCCUUUCCUCCCCCGCACCCCUCUCUCCCUCCGCCUCUCUGAUCCCCCCUUCCGCCGCGCCUCCCCCUGCCCCGGUCCCCACGCUGCCCGCGUGGGAGGUGGGGCGCUUCACGCUGCUGUCCAACGUGUGUGUCGUCACCACCAACUUCGCCCUCCUCGCCAACUCCGUGGGGUUCUACCAGAUCAGCCGUCUGGCGAUCAUCCCUUUAACCUGCGCGUUUGAGGCGCUGCUACACGGCAAGGCCUACUCGCCCCCCACGCUGGCAGCGGUGCUGGUGGUGCUGGUGGGAGUGGGUGUGUGCACGGUCACUGACGUCACCAUCAACACGUUCGGACUCGUCACCGCCGCUGCUGGCGCUGUCUCCACAUCCCUGCAACAGAUUUCAGUGGGCGAGUUACAGCAGCGCUAUGCCUUGGGCUCCUUCGACCUGCUCAUUCAGACCGCCCCUCUGCAAGCAGCCUCGCUGCUGCUGCUGGGACCCGCUGUGGACUACCUCCUUACAGGCUACAACGUCAUUCACUACACCCUGACUGCUGAUGCCACUGUAGGUGCUGCUACAACCUGUCUUAAAUCAAAAUGUAUUCCCCAGUAG